AUGACCUGCGCCGCGUGCGUUACAGCGGUUACCACCGCCGUCCAAUCCGCGAAAGGCGUGCGACGCGUCUCCGUCGCACUCGCCACCGAAACCGCGGAGAUCGCGUUCGAUUCCGCGAUUCUCGGCGUGAGAGACGCGUUGCGAUUGGUGGAAGAUGCCGGGUUCGACGCCGCGAUUCUCGGCACGGAUAGCGGGAGCGACAGGCUGAGCGUGACUGUAACGGGGAUGAGCGGCAGGGAUGACGUGGCAGCUGCGGUCGAAGUAGCGGUGUUAUCGGUGGCGGGAGUUAGGGAGGUAAGUGUAGAUUCUAGGAGCGGAUGGGUGGAGGUAGAAUACGACCCGGAAAUUACGGGGAUUAGGGACGUUGUGGGAGCUAUAGAGGCGAUUAGUCUGGUGGGGUUAGGGAUGGGUGGGGAGGAGGAAGAGGAGGAGGUUGAUGAUUGGUUGGGGGAGGAUGGGGAGGAGGGGAAGGGAGAGGAGGAAGGUAGUGAGGAGAGGCAAGGGGAAGGGAGAGAGGGAGAUGAAGAGGGAGUUAUGGAGGAGGGAGUGAAGGAGGAGAGUGGGGAAGAGGACGAGGAGAGGGAGAAGCUGGUCGGGCGAGGAAAGAAGCGGGGCCCGUGGGCAGAACGGGCCCAUGCACUCCUCCUCGCGACGCCCGUGCAGUUCCAUCUGGGCCGUCGAUUCUACAUCGCAGGGCUCAGAUCGCUCCGCCACGGCAGCGCGAAUAUGGACGUGCUGGUCGCCCUCGGGACCUCCGCGGCCUAUGGCUACUCUCUGCUGACCCUCGCGGUGCAGAUCGGUUCGGGGCGGUACUUAGGGCACGAUUUCUUCGAAACGUCUGUGAUGCUGAUAGUGUUUAUUCUGGGGGGAAAGUAUUUAGAAGCCGUGGCGAAGGGGAAAACGUCCGAGGCGAUUCAGAAGCUGCUGCAGCUGGCGCCCGCGACGGCCGUCUUGGUGGACGUGAAUGCAGACGGCAAGGUGGUGGCAGAGAGAGAAGUUGGGCUCGCGGCGCUGCAGAGGGUCGAUGUGCUGCCAGACGGCAAGGUUGUGGUGGAGAGGGAGGUUGAUUCACGCUUUGCUGCAGAGAAGGGGAGCGCUGUCUGCGUGCUGCCAUCUCCUGUGUCUCACCCUCGCCCCUCUCUUUCCCACUCCACCCUCACAACCCCUUCAGACGGCAAGGUGGUGGCAGAGAGGGAGGUUGAUUCACGGCUACUGCAGAGAGGGGAUGUGCUGCGAGGGCUGCCGGGAGCGAGGGUGCCCACAGACGGUGUGAUUGUAACGGGUGAGUGGCUGGCUGGAGAGUGGAAGGAGCGUAAGGAGCUGAUGCUCAUUCCACCCGCCCGUCCCUCUCAUGCCUCCAUUGUUCUCUCUCCUCUCGUGCUCUCCCUGCUGGUUGUCCCGUCCACCCCCCCACCUGCAGGCACCACGCAUGUGAACGAGUCCAUGCUCACGGGCGAGGCAGCACCUGUGGCCAAGGGGCCGGGGUUGCGCCUUCUGGGCGGCACAGUCAACCUGUCAGCACGAGUGUUACUGCGAGCCACUCAGGUGGGUGGUGAAUUCCAGGUGUACAUGGGAGGGCUAGGCUAUACACAGUAG